UGUUUGUAUCAUGGAUAACAGCCGCUGCAACAGCUGCACAAGCAAUUAUAACCACACUACUUGUGGUGUUGACAUGACCAUGGAAGCUCUAAUCCUCCAUGAUCAACUUCCUUAUGACUUGAUUUACCCUAAUUAUCCACUUGAUCAGACACAUCAAAUAAUACCAAUAACCCCAAGCCAUGUACUCAACCCACAAGGUUUCCCCAGUGAUAAUCAAGUUGGAAUAUGCCAGAGAUCAGAGGAACAACAGCAAGAAGCACAGCCAGAAGAAGAAGAAGAAGAAGAAGAAGAAGAAGAAGAAGAGGAAUUAGGAGCCAUGAAAGAGAUGUUGUACAAGAUUGCAGCAAUGCAACCUGUGGACAUCGACCCGGCAACAAUUCAAAAGCCGAAAAGGCGUAAUGUUCGCAUAAGUAAUGAUCCUCAGAGUGUAGCUGCACGCCACAGAAGAGAGAGGAUUAGUGAGAAGAUAAGAAUUCUUCAGAGACUAGUUCCAGGGGGAACAAAGAUGGACACAGCUACCAUGUUGGACGAAGCCAUUCGCUACGUCAAGUUCUUAAAGAGACAAGUGCACCAGCUGCAGUCCAAUGAUCACUCAUCUAUGCCGUUGCCGCCACCGCCGCCGCCGCCGCCGUAUUCCACAACUGCUUGGCGUUGUUUGGUGGAUGGUUUGGAUGAUCUCCCCAUCAAGGACAAGAAAGGAUAUUUUGAGUUUGUGUACUCCCUUCUAGAAGACCUGGAAUUGGUAGCUUUUUGGAAGCAAGGUGGAUCAUCAAGACAUUUAAGGAGGAUUUGA